AUGCCACCAUCACAACCACCACAGUCACCGCCAUCCAUAGUAUCGCACCAUCCACGCCAUGCCCAGACGCAACACCACAACCAGCACCACUCAAUCUACCAUGGCUAUUACCACCACCACCACGGUCACUACCAUACACAAAACCACGGAUUUCACCACCCAGUCUGCCACGUCCACUGCCCCCUACCCCCCUCGGUCUCCACCAGCACCACAGCCACCACCGUAUCCACAACCAAGGCUAUCACUAACCCCACCACACACCAAGACAUCACCACUACAACCUACACCACCAAGGCUAUAACAUUCGACCACCUCCAUCACGACCUGUCCUCACCACACACACGCACACCACCCCGCCACCACAACUUGCCCCCUGCGAGCCCCGUCCCAUAG